GAAGAGUGAGACCCCCGCAGAAGGGAGAGCAAGGGAAAAGAGAGAAGGGCUAAAGAAGAAGCGGGACCAUGAGUAGGGGCGGGGCGGAGCGAGGCGGCGCCUAGAUCCGCGGGGUCCGGGGCAUGGAAAGAAGCGCCAACAAGAGCGUCAGGGGCGCCAAGCGGCCGCGGCGGAAGGUGAAGCUCCCGGGGCCAUCGAGAGCGAGCAGCGGCGGGCAGGCCGCGAAGGGCGAGGACACGGCGGCGGGCAGCGUCAAGGGCGUCGAGCGGGCCAAGAGCGACCAGCAGGGGAAGGGCGAGGAGCUAGCCAAAGGCGGGAAGAAAGCCAAGAAGCGCGACGACACGUCGGAGACAUCCAAGAGCGAGGGGGCGAGAGCCCCGAGCGAGGGCGCCGACCGGCCGAAGGGCGAGAAGAGAGCGAAGGGCGUGAAGCGGGCGCCGGGCGCCUCCGAAAAGACCGACGCGGGGCCGCGACUCGCAGGCCCCGGGGGCGCCGCCAAGAGGCGGGGCGAGCGGCGGGGGCGGGGGCGGGGCGAGGAGCCGGCGCCGCCCGAGGCGCCCGCCGCCGGCGAGGCCGGGGGCCAGCCGGACCCCGAGCGCUCGGUGCAGGGGGAGCGAGCGCCGAGCGAGAAGCGGAGCCUGAGCCAGGGCGGGAGGCGGCGAAGGGGGCAGAGCCGCACGCCCGCGUCCCGCCUCCGCACGCUGCGGGGGAUCACGUGCCGGGGCCGCUACCAAGUCUGCAUCUCCAUACGGAAGAGGGGGCGCGGCCGGGAGAGGCUAGGGGGCGGGAGAAGAAGCCGCGGCGCCCUCAGGUGCAAGAUCUUCACCACUCCGACCCGGAGCAGGGCCGGAGACAGCAGCCGGGGCUCCCGCCGAGCGAGCAGACCGCGAGCGCGGAGGAUGACGAAGGGCGCGAGGGCCGGGGACCGCGCCGGCGUCAAGUGUGAGACGUGGAAGCUGAUCGAUUCGCAAGGCAGGUGCCUGACCAGCUGCCCGAAUGGAGGCUGGGCCUGGAGCAGAGUGGGCAUCUGGCAGCCGAGCCGCGGCAGGAUACGGUGUCGGGCCAAGUUCCGCAGCAAAAGCAGGGGUGGCGCCAGGAGCCGGUGCAGAACUAGGAAUAAGAGUAGGGGCCGACGCAGCAGUCGGGGUGAGUCCAGGAGCAAAUGUAGGGACUCGGUCAGGAGCAAGAGCAGGGCUCUGUCCGGAAGUUCGAACGGAGUUGGGGUUAGGUACAAGAAGCGCAGGAAGCGUCUGUGAAGGCGGCUCCCCAGCGCAGUCUUGUGGGCCGGUGUUGAUCCCCGCAUUAUCCAGGUUGGAGUCACCUGUGUGCUGCCCAGCGGCGAUGACCCCUGCUGGCCCAGCGCGGCCGACCCUGCAGAUCCCACGGGUGCUGUGUGCACUGCUGGCGGUGCUUUCGGUCCCGUGGAGGCUGCGGGGGAUGGAGAGCCCAGACAAGUGCUCCUGGGAGGUUGUCUUGAGCAGUUUUGAAAACAUCGGUAAGAAGAACUCCUACGAUCACUUCUCAGAUCAAGAGCCCCUGAACGAAGUGGACGAAGAGUUCAGGCGCUUGGUGGACCUACCUAACGAUGAUCAGGAGAAGUACCUGGGGUUCCCCUAUUACUUGAAGGUCAACUACUCCUGUGAGGGACUGUCCUCUGAGGCCCAGUUGCGCAGUGGCCACCUGAUGGGGCUGAAGCCUUUGGUGCUCGUCAUCUUCCAGUCUCCCAUCAACUUCUACCACUGGAAGAUUGAGCACCUGGAGAUCCAGAUGGAGGCCAUCCCCAUCAAGACUGAAGAGUACUGCCACGCAGAGCUCGUGUGUAGCAUGAACUGGUACGUGCCCAUGCCCAUCAAGAACGGCAGCGUGAUCAUGAACGUGGACAUCAGCAGCAAUGGCCUGGGGCCCAUCAUUCCCACUCAAAGGUUCCAGGUGAACAUCAACGGCUUUCUGAAGAGAAAGGAAAACACUUGGGAAUUCACGCUGGGGAAUGAGCUCUUCAGCAUGACGCCCCAGCAGUUCUCAGGCGUGCCAUCGAGGCCACUGUGGUACACGGUGGACCACACGCCAGUGCUCAUCCUCGGCGACAUUCCCGAGGAGAAGAGCGUCCUGCUCACGGACACCAACUUCAAGGACUUCUUUCUGGUGGAGCUGAGCAUUGACAGUUGCUGGGUGAGCUCCCAAUACUGCCCCAAGAUGAAAUUCACAGCCACCAUCCACGACACCAUCUCCACCGAGAGCACCGUGUUCGUCCGGCAGAACCAGCUUGUCUACUAUUUCACGGGCAGAUACAUCGUCCUCCACGAGCAAGACCACAGCACCAACACCUGGGUUCGUGUCCUGCACAAUGAAUGCAUCAAGAGGCUGUGCCCCGUGUUCUUCCCCAGCAACGGCUCCGAGUACAUCAUAGCCCUCCCCUCUGGCAAGACCGAAGGCUACGUCCACCUCGGAACCAUCAGAGAUGGCCACGUGACCUUUGAGCUGAUCCCCAGGCAGCGCUCCGUGUGUGAGAUGAUGCAAGUCCUCGGCUGCUCCAUCACCUGGGCCACCUACAUCUCAACUGACUACUACAUGCUCCUACUGGUCGAGAUCCCAAAACCCAACUCCAGAAAUUCUUUCCAGGUGGUCCACUACAACCUAGUCGACCAUGUCCUGACCAUCAUCUUCACCAUCCCAGAGUUCAUCCCUGAUGCCCCACACCAGGAUUUCUUGAUGAUCUUCGGGAACCUGUCUUACACCACCGUCCCGAUGAUCCCCAAGGGCAUGUUCUACAACCCCUACAACAACCUUCUCUUCAUCUGGGGCAACUUCCUGAUGCAGAGCUUUAACAGUGAGAACUUCAUCUACCUGACCGACUUUCCCAAGGAGCUGUCCAUCAAGUACGUGGUGGACUCCUACCACGGGGAGAUGGCUCUUGUCACAGAGAACGAGGAGAUCUGGUUCCACAUGGAGGAGAGCUACCGGAUAUACAGGCUGUUCCCAUCCAGGGGCUGGGAAGUGUUUGUGAGCCUGCAAAAGAUGCAGGAUUCUACUUACUACGCCCAAAAAGAGACCAUGCUCACCCUCUUCUAUGAAAACAGGAAGCUGUACCAGCUGAUGUAUUUGGAGGGUCACCCGGAGAACCGACUGGUCAAGAGGCUGGUGCCUGUGGAGCAGCUUCUCUCAUACCAGCAAUCCAGCAACCACUACGCCCUGCAGAAAAGUGGGAGUCGCUUGGUGCUCACUCUCACCAACCGCUGCACAUUCAUGGAGCUAAGUCUGCGUAACCUGCCCGCCCCGCAGAUGUAUUCACGCCAGGAGCACUACCGGGCACUGCCGCCCAUCUCCCCGGACCUGUCGGGUUUCCAUCUCCAGGACUCGCUGACCGUUUACCAGGGUCUUGUCUACUACCUCCUCUGGCUGCAUUCCAAGUACAACAAGCCCUACGCAGACCCAGUGCACGACCCUACCUGGCGCUGGUGGAAGAACAGACAACAGGACCAGGAUUAUUACUUCUACUUAUCGAGCAACAGGAAGAAUAUGGAAAAGGUCUACCUGGACCCAUGGACCUACGAGAAGAUCUAUAACCUCGAAGCCGAGCACAGCCUGCCGAGGCGCAUAUUCUUGGACAGGGGCAACAAAUACACCUUCAGCAUCUACGUGACCCUGCACUCGUACUUCAACUUUCAGGACGAGUUGUGCUACCCGAGAUACAAGAACGACCUCAGAAACCUGGCUCUGACAGUGAGGCUCCCUGACUACGGCUGCACUGACGUGCAGGUGACCAAGACGGUCCUUUACAGACACAAAGCGGUGCAUUUCUGGAUCACGCUCAGUGACCUGGGUGCGUGCUCUGACCAGGGCAUUAUUGGACACCAUCUCCUGAUGUCCUCCCUGAUGCUGAAGGUGUUGAGCUACAACCAAGAUUGCCUCCAGAGUGAGCGCCUCACACCACACGUAGAAAAAGCGCUGGUGAUGCCAGUAUUCUUGGGCUGCCCGCCGGGCAAGCGCCUGGCCUUCGACAUCACCUACACGCUGCAGUACAACAAAGAGAAGAACAGGCACUACUUCGACUGUGUGAACGAAGACCCUGAGAUGCCCUGUUUCCUCUUCCGGGACACCUUCUACCCCUUCUUCUUAAUCCAAGACUUGGUGACAGGAGAUUCUGGCAAGUUUAAAGGCAGCUACAUCCUGAAGGUGGUGGGCGGCGGGCCUACCCCGGACACCAUCCGGGAAUACAGCGAGGAGGAAAUCAUCCGCUAUAACAGUCCUCUGAACAAUUCCAGAAGCCUCAUCUGGAUCGCUGAGAAGAGCGUUGAGCCCUUGCUCUUUACCAUCAUGUCCUACGAGAACCCUGGCAUAGAGUGGCUGUGUUUGGAGAACUCUCCCUGCUAUGACAUCAGUCCCCAGGGUUUCUUCAGCCCUGAUUUUUUUUUCAAGGUGUUGGUGAGCAAUCGAGGAGUAGACAACAGCACCUACUGUGAUUACCAGCUCACCUUCUUGCUACACAUCCACGGUUUCCCAAUCAGUGCCAGGCGGACCCUCUUCAUCUUCAUGGAAAGUGUGUCAGCCAUCGUCUUUAUCAGCCUGGUUAUCCUCUACAUCAUCUCCUACCUCAUGGUGCCCCUUUUAAUCAAGGGCUGCAACAUGAUUCGCUGGAAGAUGAACACUCUCAUGGUGUCUGACUCCUACUAUACCAACCCAUCUUCGUCCAGGAUCCUCACUGUGUCCUCCAAAUCUGUGUUCCCCAUCCCUGCCAGCUCCAGGCCCACCCCCCACGUAACAGAGGAGAGCGAGAUCUAGACCCUGAAGAAGUAGCUGAGCUGACCUCUGACCUGGCCCACCCAAAUGCCAGGUGCCCACUGCCUGCCCUUAAUCUUGGGUCAUCUUAGAAAUGCAACUAGGCAUCUCUUCCACAUCUCUCUCUCUUUCUCUCUCUCUCUUCUGUUUUGCUCGAAUUUUCACUUCUUUAGACCCAAAUCAAAAACUGAGGACUGGCUAGGGCUCCUUGUUAGGGGAUGCAUUAAUUAGUUUGUGCCACACAACUGCAUAUGCCUUUGAGCCAGCCGUGUCCUGUGCCACCUGGGAACUAUGGAAGCUUCUCUCUGUGUGUUUGACCAACUGUGCCCUUCCCAAGGGUGCUCUCAGCCUCUCUACAUGCGACUCAUAAUCCAGACCAUUGCUGUGGCCUGCCGUUUAGAUUGUCCAGUGCCCAGGUUUUG